AUCGAUGUUAAUUAUCAAUGUUCUCCAAAAGCCAUGGCGAUGAUCACGUGCAUGGCCACGACUCCCAUGGCGUUAUUGCUAGUCAGACUCCCCCUUUUCUCGCUUAGUGUCGAGGCUGCUUGCGCGUCCCGUCUCCCCUUCAAGAGACUUGCGUGUUUCUGGCCAAUGGCAAGGUCGCCACCAUUUUCGAACAUCGAAUCCCACGGCUCCUGUCCGAUGAUUUGCUAAGCUAGUCACCUCUUUUCUGGGUCAUGUUACGUUGCUUGCUUCGGCUCUUCACAUAUCAUCUAAUUCUUGAGGCUUGGCAGUCCCUUUCAAUUCAAAAUUAUGCGGCUGUCUGCCACAUUUACCGUAAUAACCAACGUAUAUCAUGCAACAUUAUCAAACCAAACCGAUUAGUCCGGCCCCUAAUUAACAUGUCAGUGACAUCGUCAGUGACAUCGUUAUGGUCAUCGAUUUCAUUCAUAUCAAAGGACCACGGAUAGAUGCUAGGAAGAUAAUUAUUACAUAUAUUCUCCUAGCAAGAGAAGAAGAG